AAGGUUGUUGCUCAACCUUUAUACAACCCCCUUUGGCCCAAGCACCUAGUCAAUAUUUGGGACUUUGGCAGGUUGUUUCUGUCAACAGGAGAAAUUAGGAGUUAGGUAUUUCUUUGGUGCGAUCCUGUUUAUUGACAAAGAAUGUACACAACGUCUUGUUUCCCUAAACACAAUAGAAACAACAAAUAGCAGGCAGUUUCCUUGCUCAGAAAUGUAGGUCUGCCUUUCCGUCGAGUACUGUGUCCAAAAGAAUCUGUCUCUUGGCUUUGUCCCAGGGCCACGCUCAUCACAGCUUCUCUUGCUUUCUGCCUUUCAUGCACAGACCCACUGCAACCCCUAGCCCCAGUGUUUGCAAUCUUUCCCCAGGAAAGCUUCUGUCAUCCUUGCCAUGCCGCCCAUUGUCUUGGGAUGUGGCUUCCUACCAUUUCCAGCUAUCACUAUCCAAAGGGGCAUUUCAUUGCUCCUUCCAUUUGGCCUGAAAGAAGGGUGGUUGGCCCACCCAUCAGCUUUAAUGAGGUCUGCAAUUGUCCAUAGCAUAACACAGUGUUUUUUUUCUCUCCCAGUAUUAGGCAUACCAUUGUUUUCUUGUAGGUUGAGCGUCAAAAUUGUGCGAGCUCUCAGGGCUCAGGCUAGAGCUUUAGGCCAAAAAUAAAUAGAAUUAAGGGUUGUGGGAGAAUUAUCAUUUGGGAUCCUGUGCCACUGUUUGUCUUGUAGUUCAAUGAUUGCAACAGCCUCCGCACAGUUUGUCUGGAAGGUUUUCUUUGCAGCCGAAAUAAAGUUUAGAUUCUGAAGAUCCUGAUGAUUUUCAGGGGCAAGAGGGAACAAAAUCUCCUCUAAGCUACCAAAAUGAUGCCGGGUGUCAAGCGGUGAUAAUAUCAUUGAGGGUGAUUUGCUGGAUCUCAGGGAAUCAUGCAGGAAAAUGCUUCAUUGCAAGAGGGUGCUCCUUUAAGCACUGUUCCAAAGUUAAUCCCCGGUGUGGUAUCCCUCUUCCACAUGAGAAAGGCUUGACAGCUCCACAGUGUAAAGUACAUUGACAACACACCCACGCUGCAGGAAAUUGAAUGCAUUUAUGCUGAGGCUGCUGGGAGUUGUAGUUGCGACCGCUUCCUACGAAAGAGGAUGGGUGUUGCCCGGUAGUACAGUCCUCCUCCUUGUGAACUACAACUCCCAGUGCUGCAAUAGGAGGAAAGAAGGAAGGAAGCAGCUGGCUGCAUAGGAGAAAGGAGGAGUUGGUUGCUCCGUGCCUAGUCUAGUGUAUUACCCACUGCAGAAGGGACAGGGAGGGGAAAACCAAUCGCUUGCAAAAAUGAAUGUGGUCUUUGCAGUGAAGCAAUAUGUGUCCAAGAUGAUUGAAGACAGCGGGCCUGGGAUGAAGGUCCUCCUGAUGGAUAAAGAAACGACCAGUAUUGUGAGCAUGGUGUAUACACAGUCAGAAAUCCUUCAGAAGGAAGUUUACCUCUUUGAGCGCCUCGAUUCUUUGAACAGAGAGACUAUGAAACACUUGAAAGCGAUCUGUUUUUUGCGACCGACAAAGGAGAACGUGGAAUACCUCAUUCAGGAGCUACGAAGGCCCAAGUACAGCAUCUAUUAUGUUUAUUUCAGUAACGUGAUCAGUAAGAGUGAUGUAAAGUCACUGGCUGAGGCUGACGAGCAGGAGGUUGUGGCGGAAGUUCAGGAGUUCUACGGAGAUUACAUUGCCGUGAAUCCACAUGUGUUUUCCCUCAACCUCCUGGGCUGCUGCCAGGGUCGCAGCUGGGAUCUGGCCCAGCUGUCCAGAACAGCCCAAGGGCUGACUGCUUUGCUCCUGUCUCUGAAGAAGUGCCCCAUGAUUCGUUACCAGCUCUCCUCUGAACCUGCAAAGAGGCUCGCUGAAUGCGUCAAGCAAGUGAUUACUAAAGAAUACGAGCUGUUUGAUUUCCGGCGCACUGAAGUUCCUCCGUUACUGCUUAUUUUGGACCGGUCUGAUGAUGCCAUCACCCCACUUCUGAACCAGUGGACGUACCAGGCCAUGGUCCAUGAGCUGUUGGGGAUUAACAACAACCGAAUUGACCUCUCUCGAGUACCCGGCAUCAGCAAGGAUCUCAGGGAGGUGGUUCUGUCUGCUGAGAACGACGAGUUUUACGCCAACAACAUGUACCUGAACUUUGCAGAGAUCGGGAGCAAUAUCAAGAACCUAAUGGAGGAUUUCCAGCGGAGGAAACCGAAGGAGCAGCAGAAGCUGGAGUCCAUAGCUGACAUGAAGGCGUUUGUGGAGAACUACCCGCAGUUCAAGAAGAUGUCGGGCACGGUAUCGAAGCACGUGACUGUGGUGGGGGAGCUCUCCCGGCUGGCCAGCGAGCGGAACCUGCUGGAGGUGUCAGAGGUCGAGCAGGAACUGGCCUGCCAGAAUGACCACUCCAGUGCUCACCAGAACGUGCGGCGGCUCCUGCAGAAUCCCAAGGUGACCGAGUUCGAUGCCACGCGGCUCGUGAUGCUCUACGCCCUGCACUAUGAGCGACACAGCAGCAACAGCCUGCCUGGCCUGAUGACGGACCUCAAGAACAAAGGGGUUUCAGAGAAGUAUCGGAAGCUGGUGUCAGCGGUUGUGGAAUACGGUGGGAAGCGGGUCCGGGGCAGCGAUCUCUUCAGCCCCAAGGAUGCUGUCGCCAUCACCAAGCAGUUCCUCAAAGGACUGAAGGGCGUUGAGAACGUGUAUACGCAGCAUCAGCCCUUCCUGUACGAGACUUUAGAUCAGCUCAUCAAAGGAAAACUUAAGGAUGGCCAGUACCCCUACCUGGGUCCCAGCACACUCCGGGACAGGCCUCAAGAUAUUAUUGUGUUUAUCAUUGGAGGAGCAACCUAUGAAGAGGCGUUAACUGUGUAUAACCUUAACCGCACCACCCCUGGGGUCCGGAUCGUGUUGGGCGGGACCACCAUCCACAACACGAAAAGCUUCCUCGAGGAAAUUUCAGCCUCUGGGUUCCGCGGCCGGGGCGCCGAGAGCUCUCAAGUUACAGCGAGAGCGAGCAGCAGGCGGUGAAUGCAGGGGGCCGCCGCCGCUUCCCAUCUGGAGCUCCCACAGACUGACCAGGCGGCGGCGGAGCAGCGCUGGGUGCUCCCGCGGUCCGUCCUGCUGCUGGACAACACGCAAGAUGGCCUCUGCCUUGAUGCGCCGUGCCGUGCCCGAAGUCCCAGCAUCCUCAGCGUUACCUUCCUGCUCGGCUCUUUAAUGGGGCGCGGUGGAAUGAACCGCAGGGAGGUGGCGGAAUCGUAGAUCCCGGGGAAAACGUUACCUGUGGGUGCCUGGCGCCUUUGAAAACUCAGCUACUCUUCGUAACCACAACUGGCCUGUCCAGAAUCUCCAGUUUCCUGCGUCUGUUGGUCCCUCCAGGUAAAGGCUGGAUGGGCUCUCGCAGCCUCUGACUCUAUUUGUUUAAUUGUCUGCAGCCCAGCUCCUCACCGAUAACUUUCAGGGUCUGGGCCUGUAUGUUUGGAAAUUCAUUAAACAUCCCACUCUGACCAGCUCUUAUAUUUUAAAUGAUUCCAGAUAUUUGUCCUCUCACCUCCCCCCUGCCUUUUAUAAUAUCCAUGAAACUAGCUACUUUCCUGACUGGCCCCGUUCUCGAGCCCCGGCGUCCAUGGGGGGAGAGAGCAGCACGGGCCCCUGUCCUCCUUCCGCCUUUCUGUUCCCGUGUUGUGAUCGGGAAAAGUUUGUGUGACACUAAUAAAAAUCAAAUUCAGUUUUCUGGCAGAAA